AUGAGAACUUCAUUUGUCGGGCUGGCCUCCAUGGCUGCAAUGCAACUAUGGGUUACGGCCGGAAUUCGCAUGCCGAGGUCGGAUGAUGCAUUACCAGGCGGAGUGUCCUAUCCCAACUCGACCCAAUACGCCAUUUCGAAUAACUACUGGUCCGCACCGCAGGCUGAAACCCGCCCAGCCUGCUUUGUGACGCCGAAAAGCACAGAAGAGGUUUUCAUAAUCAUAAAAACCCUCGAUUCUCUCUCGGCACAGUUCACGGUCAAGAGCGGCGGUCAUACGGCAUUCGCAGGUGGAUCCAAUAUCGAGGAUGGUGUCACCAUCGACCUCGCCCGUCUCAAUCACAUCACCGUGUCAGAUGACCGUCGAACUGUGUCUAUUGGAUCCGGCAACCGAUGGUACAAUGUAUCGCAAGUGCUCGACCCGCUGGGUCUCGCUGUUGUCGGGGGCCGGGUGAGCGAUGUUGGCGUCAGCGGACUCAUUCUCGGAGGCGGCAUCUCUUACUUCUCGGGAGAGUAUGGUUGGGCAUGCGAUAAUGUCCGCAACUUUGAAGUGGUUCUGGCCUCUGGCGAGAUCGUCAAUGCCUCGGCGUCUGAGAAUAUGGACUUGUUCUGGGCGCUGCGCGGGGGCGGAGGCUCCAAUUUUGGCGUCGUCACCCGAUUCGAUCUCGUCGCUUUCGAGCAGGGAGAUAUAUGGCUCUACAACCCCAUCUAUCCGUUGCCUGCGAGCUCUGAGCUCGUGCCGGCUUUCGUGGAUCUGGUUCUGAAUGGUCUGCCAUCAGAUCAUGAUGCGCACACGUUCUUCGUGAUGGCGAACUUUCCAGGAUAUGGCGACAUCAUUGCAAGCUACAUGUACCAUGCCAAGCCGCCGUUGGCGGCGGGAGACGCGCCACCCGUCUUCGCCAACAUGAUGUCCGUCCCGGGGGCUAUUUCCAACACCACAAUGGUUGCCAAUGUUACUACUCACACGAUCAACCUUUCAGAACCCUACGGAUUGCGCAAGUCGUGGUCCGGAACGUCCGUCUAUCUCAAAGAGGGCUCGGUCCAGUUCCUUCAAGACAUCAUCCCGUUGUGGCAGGCUCAUGCCCAGGAGCUAAUGGCUGCUGCCGAAAAGUUGAAUGAAGCCUUAUCGCCUCUGUUUGUGUAUCAACCGAUAUCGACAAACAUUUUGGAGGCGAUGCAGAAGAACGGCGGCAAUGCGCUGGGACUGACUCCAGAGGCCGGUCCACUCAUUCACAUCCAGGUAACCACACACUGGGGAACAUCUGAACUAGAUGGUCUUGUAGAGAGCAGAGUUGCAGACCUGAUUGAGCAAAUUGAUGAGCUUGCAGAGGAUAGGGGCGUUGCGGCAAAGUAUAUCUACAUGAACUACGCGGGACAGCAUCAAGACGUCUACGGUGGAGUGUUGGACCAAGACCUAGACCACGGCAUAUGCUUUCAAGCGGGGUUUAACCGGAAACCCGAAAGAGAGGACGCUCUCGAAGGCCCACCUACCUGCGAAUGCUGCAAAGAUUUGCCAGAUGAAGAAGAAGAGAACAUUGAGGACGACGAAUGGUACUUGGGAGAUGAGGCGAGCAGUCCAGGCCCCUUGCAUGCCGUCGACCUCCCCAAUGAUAGGGAACACGGUUUCACUAUUCGUUCUCUCCACGGCUUGGCCGCUCUCACACAUCUCAGCAUCGGCAUUCGGGCUUUGAUGGGUUCCAAAGAGAGGAGAGAUUGGGAGGUGCCUCCGCCGGGUACACCGAAGCUACAUGAGCAACUUCUACUGAGGCUGAUUGACGCGUUUGCACCUAGCUUGCAGCAUCUGUGUAUAUGCGCAUGA